AGGACUUGGUGGAAGUGAUCAUGGUUCUGCAGCGGUCUCUGUCAGCUGCUGGUCGAACAGCUAAUUUGAGCGAGGGUAACACUGUAAAGCUCAUUGUUAUGUCAGUAUGCCUCUCCUUGCUGCUCAGGGAACUCUUAACACGGCAGUCUCCUAUUUGAACUCCGCAACACAGGGUGAAAUGGUUGAACUUCGUGAACGUCUUUACAGAGCUCUUGGAUAUGCUACUGGUGCUGCACAGCAACAGCAACAGCAACAUGCUCGUAAACCCAGUACUUCAUCACUGAGUGCUAGGCGAUCAUCAACUCCCUAUCAGCAACAGCAGCGUGAAGGUUGGGGUGCCACCAGUCCCAUGUAUGGUGGUCCACCUUUGGCGCCCCACCCCAGUAUGAGAACAUCUCAUCCACCACCAGUGCAGGUAUACUGUAUUUGA